AUGCUGCCCUGCCGCAUCCUGCCGCUCUCUCCCUGGCUACCCUCCCAGCAGGGCGACGCCGCGCCUAGCUCCAUCACAGAGUACGAGCAGCUGGUGCUGUCCACGCCCAACUCUUCCUACGUCUGGAUCCAGUACUUUGCCUUCCUGAUAUCGCUGGGCGAGCUGGACAAGGCGCGCGCGCUGGCAGACCGCGCCCUGCAGACCAUCUCCUACAGGGAGGAGGGCGAGAAGUUCAACGUAUGGGUGGCGUACCUUAAUAUGGAGAACCUGUACGGCAGCGAGGACGCCAGCCUGGCGCUGCUGAGCCGCGCGCUGGCGCACACCGACGCCCGCCGCAUGUACCUGGCCGCCGUGGACAUUUUUGAGCGCACGCACAAGGAGGGGCUGGUGGAGCAGUGCCUUAAGGCCAUGACCCGCAAGUUCAGCGACAGCGCAGAGGUCUGGCUGCGCGCCGUGCGGUACCGUCUGGCCAGCGGGGACGCCGAGGGGGCACGCAAGACGCUUGACCGCAGCCUGCAGAGCCUGCCCCAGUUUGAGCACAUCCGCAUGAUCUCUCAGACGGGGCUGCUGGAGUUCAAGAUAGGCGAUGCGGAGCGCGGGCGCAGCAUCUUUGAGGGCGUGCUGCGCAACUACCCCAAGCGCCUCGACCUGUGGAGCGUGUACCUGGACCAAGAGGUGGCGGCGGGCGACCCGCAGCGCAUACGGGCGCUGUUCGAGCGGGCAACUCACCUGCAGCUGCCGCCCAAGAAGAUGAAGUUCCUGUUCAAGCGGUACCUGGAUUACGAGAAGGCACACGGUACCGCGGCGGGCGUGGAGCACGUCAAGAAGCGGGCGCUCGAGUAUGUGGAGGCGCAGGCGGCGGCGUGA